CUAGAGCGAGGCUUCCGCGGCUGCAGCCCAGGCAGCUCUUCGGGAAGCGUCCGCCCGUGGUCUCGCCAGGGGGUUUCCGACCUCCCCGCCCAAGAGCGCAGGGGCGGGGGCAGCGGCCGGAGAGCUCGCAGAACACCCCCUCCCGCGGCGCCUCUGGGCGCACGCGCAGCCGCCGCAGCCUCCCUUAUUUAGUCCGCGAUGGCUUCCCUCGCGCCCCACCGUCCUCUUCCGGAAGGCGGCUCCCUCCCCGCGCAGCCCGGAGCCCCUGGGAUCAGCCUCGAGCAGGCGCCCGAGCGAGACUAUCCCUAAAGAGGAACGGCGGUGGCCGGACUCGCGAGUGAGGAAAAGAAGGAAAGCGCUGACGGGUCGCGAGGAGGAGAGCCAGGCCUCAGAGGAGGACAGAGGCCGGAGCCAGCCGAGCUGUCACGACCGGAGGGGGGACUCGCAGCCUUACCAGGUGACUGGAGGGAGUUCGCUGAUUUAGGAAAAAAGAAUCAUUUGCAGCCAGAAAGACCUGACUGGAUUAUUUGCGGGUGAAGGAAUCGAUGGGAUGAGAUGAUAGGCACUUAAGUAUUCAUCGAAGAGUCACCCCAGUAGCGGUGAUCACAGACAUGAAAAGAUGCGAGACGCCGCAGAUCCUUCACCACCAAAUAAAAUGUUGCGGAGAUCUGAUAGUCCUGAAAACAAAUACAGUGACAGCACAGGUCACAGUAAGGCCAAAAAUGUUCAUACUCACAGAGUUAGAGAGAGGGAUGGUGGGACCAGUUACUCUCCACAAGAAAAUUCACACAACCACAGUGCUCUUCAUAGUUCAAAUUCACAUUCUUCUAAUCCAAGCAAUAACCCGAGCAAAACUUCAGAUGCACCUUAUGAUUCUGCAGAUGACUGGUCUGAGCAUAUUAGCUCUUCUGGGAAAAAGUACUACUACAAUUGUCGAACAGAAGUUUCACAGUGGGAAAAACCAAAAGAGUGGCUUGAAAGAGAACAGAGACAAAAAGAAGCAAACAAGAUGGCAGUCAACAGCUUCCCAAAAGAUAGAGAUUACAGAAGAGAGGUGAUGCAAGCAACAGCCACUAGUGGGUUUGCCAGUGGAAUGGAAGACAAGCAUUCCAGUGAUGCCAGUAGUUUGCUCCCACAGAAUAUUUUGUCUCAAACAAGCAGACACAAUGACAGAGACUACAGACUGCCAAGAGCAGAGACUCACAGUAGUUCUACGCCAGUACAGCACCCCAUCAAACCAGUGGUUCAUCCAACUGCUACCCCAAGCACUGUUCCUUCUAGUCCAUUUACGCUACAGUCUGAUCACCAGCCAAAGAAAUCAUUUGAUGCUAAUGGAGCAUCUACUUUAUCAAAACUGCCUACACCCACAUCUUCUGUCCCUGCACAGAAAACAGAAAGAAAAGAAUCUACAUCAGGAGACAAAUCCGUAUCACAUUCUUGCACAACUCCUUCCACAUCUUCUGCCUCUGGACUGAACCCCACAUCUGCACCUCCAACAUCUGCUUCAGCGGUCCCUGUUUCUCCUGUUCCACAGUCACCGAUACCUCCCUUACUUCAGGACCCAAAUCUUCUUAGACAAUUGCUUCCUGCUUUGCAAGCCACGCUGCAGCUUAAUAAUUCUAAUGUGGACAUAUCUAAAAUAAAUGAAGUUCUUACAGCAGCUGUGACACAAGCCUCUCUGCAGUCUAUAAUUCAUAAGUUUCUUACUGCUGGACCAUCUGCUUUCAACAUAACGUCUCUGAUUUCUCAAGCUGCUCAGCUCUCUACACAAGCCCAGCCAUCUAAUCAGUCUCCGAUGUCUUUAACGUCUGAUGCGUCAUCCCCAAGAUCAUAUGUUUCUCCAAGAAUAAGCACACCUCAAACUAACACAGUCCCUAUCAAACCCUUGAUCAGUACUCCUCCUGUUUCAUCACAGCCAAAGGUUAGUACUCCAGUAGUUAAGCAAGGACCAGUGUCACAGUCAGCCACACAGCAGCCUGUAACUGCUGACAAGCAGCAAGGUCAUGAACCUGUCUCUCCUCGAAGUCUUCAGCGCUCAAGUAGCCAGAGAAGUCCUUCACCUGGUCCCAAUCAUACUUCUAAUAGUAGUAAUGCAUCAAAUGCAACAGUCGUACCACAGAAUUCUUCUGCCCGAUCCACGUGUUCAUUAACGCCUGCACUAGCAGCACACUUCAGUGAAAAUCUCAUAAAACACGUUCAAGGAUGGCCUGCAGAUCAUGCAGAGAAGCAGGCAUCAAGAUUACGCGAAGAAGCGCAUAACAUGGGAACUAUUCACAUGUCAGAAAUUUGUACUGAAUUAAAAAAUUUAAGAUCUUUAGUCCGAGUAUGUGAAAUUCAAGCAACUUUGCGAGAGCAAAGGAUACUAUUUUUGAGACAACAAAUUAAGGAACUUGAAAAGCUAAAAAAUCAGAAUUCCUUCAUGGUGUGAAGAUGUGAAUAAUUGCACAUGGUUUUGAGAACAGGAACUGUAAAUCUGUUGCCCAGUCUUAACAUUUUUGAGCUGCAUUUAAGUAGACUUUGGACCGUUAAGGUGGGCAAAGGAAAUGACAAGGGGAUGGGGUCUGUGAGAGUCAAUUCAGGGGAAAGAUACAAGAUUGAUUUGUAAAACCCUUGAAAUGUAGAUUUCUUGUAGAUGUAUCCUUCACGUUGUAAAUAUGUUUUGUAGAGUGAAGCCAUGGGAAGCCAUGUGUAACAGAGCUUAGACAUCCAAAACUAAUCAAUGCUGAGGUGGCUAAAUACCUAGCCUUUUACAUGUAAACCUGUCUGCAAAAUUAGCUUUUUUUAAAAAAAAAAAAUUGGGGGGGUUAAUUUAUCAUUCAGAAAUCUUGCAUUUUCAAAAAUUCAGUGCAAGCGCCAGGCGAUCUGUGUCUAAGGAUACGAUUUUUGAACCAUAUGGGCAGUGUACAAAAUAUGAAACAACUGUUUCCACACUUGCACCUGAUCAAGAGCAGUGCUUCUCCAUUUGUUUUGCAGAGAAAUGUUUUUCAUUUCCCGUGUGUUCCAUUUCCCUCUGAAAUUCUGAUUUUAUCCAUUUUUUUAAGGCUCCUCUUUAUCUCCUUUCUUAAGGCACUGUUGCUAUGGCACUUUUCUAUAACCUUUUCAUUCCUGUGUACAGUAGCUUAAAAUUGCAGUGAUUGAGCAUAACCUACUUGUUUGUAUAAAUUAUUGAAAUCCAUUUGCACCCCGUAAGAAUGGACUUAAGAGUACUGCUGGACAGGCAUGUGUGCUUAAAGUACAUUGAUUGCUCAAAUAUAAGGAAAUGGCCCAAUGAACAUGGUUGUGGGAGGGGAAAGAGGAAACAGAGCUAGUCAGAUGUGAAUUGUAUCUGUUGUAAUAAACAUGUUAAAACAAACAAAAAUUGUUAUUUUUCUUUUCCUUCGGUCAAUGCACAUUAGAAUUUGAACUACCUGGGGAUUCUUUAUCCGAACUGUUCUUGUUGAAUAUUUAUACUUUAUUGAAAUAAUUCCUUAAGGGAGGUUUUGUUUAAAACGUAUUAACAGGAAAUUGUGUAUAAGAUAUUUAAUGAAAUAAGAAAUUCAACAAGAAUGAUUAAGUCACUUCCCAAGUGGUUGUCAUUUGUUAAACCCUGGUUUACCUGUCUUGCUAUUACAUUUCAUUUGGAAGGAUGUUUGUGUUGUAGCUAACUGUUCAAGUCUGGUGCUGACUGCUGUUCUUAGCCAUCACAAAACGCUAAAUUUGUGUAAUUGGAGCUUCCUGCUGUUAUCUGAAAAUAGCAGGAAAGCGCAGCUUUGUAUAUUGUUUCCUAAAGUAUAUUAAAAUAAAAAAAGAAACUAUUGCUACUAUAAAAUUACCUGACUUUUUUUUUCCUUUGCUAAAAUAUUAGUCACAUGGCCUUAGCUUCACACUGCCAGUAAUGUAUCAAAUCACAAGGGUUUCUGCAUGAAAAAAAAAAAAUCACCCACAAAAAAUCUUUUACCCUCAAAAUCUUGCCAUCUGAUUUAGAAAGGUGUUUUUUCUUUUCUUUUCUUUUUUUAAUAGGUUUGGAGUUUUCUGGUGAUUUUUUUUUUUUUUUUCUGUAGGGGAAGAUAAGUGCUUCCAAAACUGCCAGCACCAAGGGCUUAUUUUUUAUGUUAGAUAUCAGUGUCAAUGUUACUACAUUCUCAGAUGCUAACAUAAAUUUUGAAAUUGUUCUUGUGCUUUAAGCAUAUAUUUAAAGUAUGGAAGUUAAAUGUUGAGGCUUUUCAGUAACUCAAAAAGUUAACUGCAAGCGAUAGUGUUGGUGUUUUCUAAAAUACAAAAAUGUUCCAGUGUAAUUAAAAGGAAUUAAAAUCUUAUACUGGAAGCUGAUAUUUUCCUAUAAUUUAAGAGUACUUUGUAAGACAAAUGUCAUUAAUUUAUUGUCAUGUUCAUACCUCUGUGAGAUUGUUAACAUAUGCUGAAUUGAAUUAGUGCAUGUAAAUGAAACCCCAAAGAGCUGUGUUAAGCUAGAAACCUUAUUGUAUCUUUUCUGGAAAGAAGUGAGCAGCUUGUUGUAAUAGGCAAAUGUUUCCUGAUCAAAUGGCAAUGUGAUUUAGGUAAAUUUGAAUUUGAUUUGCUAAUAGUCUACUGGUCUGUGUAGCUAUGUUUUUUUUUUUUUUUUUUUAAGUUUACAUCCCUAAAUGUAUUAGUCACAUAGAUUUAGGAGAAAACGCCUAAUUUGACAUUUCUUAGUAGUGAAUUAUUAUUGUUGUUUGAGACAGAGUUUCGCUCUUGUUGCCCAGGCUGAUCUCGGCUCACUGCAACCUCCGCCUCCUGGGUUCAAGCGAUUCUCCUGUCUCAGCAUUCCGAGUAGCUGGGAUUACAGGCAUGUACCACCACACCUGGCUAAUACUGUAUUUUUAGUAGAGGUGGGGUUUUUCCAUGUUGGUCAGGCUGGUCUCGAACUCCCAACCUCAGGCGAUCUGCCUGCCUUGGCCUCCCAAAGUGCUGGGAUUACAGGCGUGAGCCACUGCGCCUGGCCAGUAGUGAAUUUUUAAACACAGAAAACAAAAUUUGGUGGAAAUAUUUUAAAUGUUGCACCUUAAUACAGACAUGGUAUCCAGCUCCUAACCUUAACUAGGGAAUAGGAAUAACUAUUAAAACAAGCAUAAUGUUCUGGACUGGAAUUUCCUUAUCUAGUUGGCCAUGGAUUUCAACAUGUACCUUGGUUCAGAUAAUUAGAAAUACUGAAUAGCCUCUAGGGAACUUCUUGAGUGGUUUUUUUUUCCUCCCGUUUUGAAAGAUUAGUAGUCUCUAGUCAAACUUCUAAAAUGUCGUGGUAUUGUAACAAUAUGUUUGAUGAAAGAAGAUUAGAGACUCCCCUGAAGAUCCAGCUUUCCUACGCUUAUUUCUCUAACUUGUCUAACCUGAUUUUAAAGCGACUGUAAUUCCAGACUGAAAACAUGUUUCAGCCCUGUUUCAAGACAUUAUGCUUCUUUUAACAGCCCAAAUGAGUAGUUUUAUUUUUCUUCUAAAUCUUAACGUUUCACACUUCUAAAAUCUUGGGAAGGAGGUUCUUGAAACUUUGCCAGGAAUUGUUACCCAUUUCCAAAACAGUUUAUUAUGUUCAAAAACCACCGUGUCUUUGAGGAACUGUUUUAAAGGGGAGAAGGCAAUGCGGGAAAUAAUUCACUCUGCGCACCGGAACUGUUGUAGUUCAGGACUUCCAGCUACUGUAUUUAGAUGUUGGGUUUGAAUAUACAGAUUUCUUUUCAAUACCUGUAAAUACAGCUAUAUUCUUGUAUUUGUACGGGAGUGUACAAAAUGACACUGAAAAGUAAUAAAUAUGUUUUGACUAUAUUGUGCAGUUAUUUCAGAACUGUUUUGAAAGUCUUAGAAUGCAUAAUUUGUAUUUGAGUAAGGAAAUUUAAAAUACAGAUUACUGCUAAAA